ACAAACAAAAAAUAUGGAAGACGCAGAUUCCAGUGUUGAAGAACAAAACCCAAAAAUCAUCUUUACACCAGAAAAUAUUCAUCCAUUUGUAGAUAAGAUAUGAGAAAUUCAGUACUUUUUGUCCAUACUCCGCCAAUUGAAGAUAAGCAACACGUGCUUACCUACUUCAAUUUCGAGACCCGUCAAGAAACAUAAAGGAAAAUUUCUGAAUAAUGGAGUUUGCUCUGGUUGACCAUGGAAAUCUCACCAUAUUUUCUUCCUCUUAUACUCUUCCUUUUCUUCUUAACCAAACUUCUACUGCGCAGAAACCAAAGUCUGCCUCCAUCUCCCCCUGCUCUUCCCAUCAUCGGCCACCUCCAUCUCAUCAACAAACCUCUGCACCAUGCUUUGGAUACAUUUAAAUCCAAGUACGGUCCAAUUCUUUAUCUUCACUUCGGCUCUCUCCCUGUCCUCGUUGUCUCCUCUCCCUCUGCUAUCGAAGAGUGUUUUACCAAAAACGACGUCGUCCUCGCCAACAGGCCUCGAUCUGUCGCCGGAGAUCACCUUAGUUACAAUUACACUGUCUAUGGAUUCGCUCCCUACGGUGACCUCUGGCGGACCCUACGCCGACUGACGGUGCUCCAAGUGUUCUCUUCCAGCAGUCUUCAGAAAUAUUCAAGUGUCCGAGAAGAAGAAGUUGCUAUCCUUUGUCGCAGGCUGUUCAAGAUCUGCUCUAAUGGCGUCCAGAAGGUUGACUUGAAGCGUCUGCUCUGUCUCACGAUUGCGAAUAUCAUGUUGAGAAUAAUUGCAGGGAAGCGCGGGGUUGAAGGAAAGGAGGCGGAGAUGGAGAAGGAAAACCAGUUUCUGGCGGAGUUCAAGGAGAGAUUUUUCCCGAGCAUGUCAAUGGGUGUCUGUGAUUUCAUUCCUUUUCUGAGGUUGAUUGGAUAUAAAGGGUUGGAGAAGAUUGCGAUAAGGAUGCGUAGGUUGAGAGAUGAAUAUAUGCAGAAUCUGAUCGAUGAGAUUCGAUUGAAGGGAAGAAGUUCUUCUUUGAAAGACGAGAUUUCAGUGAUUGAAAUCCUCUUGUCACUUCAAGAUUCUGACCCUGAAUUUUACACAGACGAUAUCAUAAAAAGCGUCUUGCUGAUGCUGUUCAAUGGAGGAACAGACACAUCAGGGAUCACCAUGGAAUGGGCAAUGUCACUGCUUCUAAAUAACCCAGAAGCCAUGAACAAAUUAAGAUCCGAGAUCGACAAAAACGUCGGACAUGGCCGUCUAAUAAACGACUCUGAUCUCCCAAAACUCCAUUACCUCCGAUGUGUUAUACACGAGACUCUUAGAUUAUACCCCGCCACGCCGCUUUUGCUCCCUCACUUGUCAAACGCCGACUGCACAGUCGGCGGCUACGACAUCCCGCGCGGGACGAUGGUGCUGGUGAACAUCUGGUCGCUGCACAGGGACCCGAGUGUUUGGGAGGAACCCAUGAAAUUCAAGCCCGAAAGAUUCGAAGGGAUGUUGGGAGAGCGAGAAGGGUUCAGGUAUGUUCCGUUUGGAGCUGGGAGGAGAGCUUGUCCAGGCGCCGGCAUGGGGAUAAGGACUAUUUCGUUGGCAGUGGGUGGUCUGGUUCAGUGCUUUGAAUGGGGAAAGAUGGGGGAGAGGGAGGUGGAUAUGAGCCAAGCACUUGUUGUUACCAUGUCAAAGGCUAAGCCUUUGGAGGUUUUGUGUAGGCCUCGCCAAGAUUUUAUUCAUAUGCUGUCUCGCCUUUAGAUGCACUAGAACUUACAUGUCUUUACCAACCUCCAAUUUUGGAAAGAGAUGGAAGAAAUAAACAUUCACCCAAUUAAUAAUAGGUUUUUA